CAAGUCCUCAAUCCCCCGCCCUUCCUUUCUGCCCUACAGCACUUCAAUUUCCUUGCUAGAUUUUGCAGCUUAGCUGCGCUUUGAUACAACAGUGAAUAAAACCCAUUACUCACUCGUGCUGGUCCAAGAUGUGGUGGGGCAAAGGCCAAGACAAACCGACGGAACCCGCCAAGGCCAAUACGGCCAAGGCUGGAUUCGAUGCAGAGAAGCUCCCUGACAGAGAGAAGCUGCCAGCCAAGCUCCAGAAGAUUGUCGAAAAAUCAGACAAAGAGGAUAACUUAUAUGACGAAAUAGUGGAUGGCUACGCGCCGCCUUCGACAGAAUCAAACGUCCGUUAUGCAGCCUAUGCCUCUCGUUUUCGCACCAUUCUGGUCUCGGCGCAACGCUACGUAGCAUAUACCUCUGACAUCGGCGAGUCCUUCCGGCCCGUCGCACAUCCCAAACUCGUCCGCACUGCCUACGGCAUAAGCUGGGCAUACAUUAUCGGCGAUGUCUCAUACGAAGGCUACAAGGCCUACCGGCAAAACCAGCGGAUACUCAACCCUCAGCUAGAGCUUUCUGCAGAGCAUCAGAAGGUCACAGGAUUGCCCGACCCGCGUCUUCCGGAGCUGGCAAACCCUGGUGUCGUUUCCCCUCUCGAGGACUACCGGACUGUUAUGGCGCAGCGCGCGAUAUUCCAAAGUCUUGCCAGCAUGGGGCUUCCGGCGUUCACGAUCCACAGCGUGGUGCGAUACAGCGGAAGGGCGAUGAAGAACAUCAAGAAUACCACGAUCCGGACAUGGGGACCGAUUGGCCUCGGCCUAGCCGUCGUGCCGUUCUUGCCCAGCUUGUUCGACAAGCCGGUCGAGAAUGCGGUCGAGUGGGUGUUCCACAAGGGGUUUGCGACCUUUGGCGGGGAGCAUGCUGUUGGGGGGGCGUCCGUGAUAGGGAGAGAGAAGCAGCUCAGCACCAAACCCGUCAAACCGAAGGAGAAGGAGCUUUGAUUACGGGGUUGACAUUUCCCGGGGCUCGAGUUGGACAGUAGAAAUACGGCAUACCACCCACCGACUCCACUCCUGGGCGCAUUCAUGAUGACAAUCUCAACUUUGUUGAUCUCUCGAGGUUCCUUUGGACGACCCAUUUCUGCUCGGAGGAGUCAACACCUUGAUCUUUGUCACGAUAGUGUUGAGACAGAUACUAUACUCUGCACUAGUUCCCCUCAAUAUUCCCCUAAAUUCGUACGUUAAUGAGCCAAUUUCCAUGGCAUCCCAUACACGGUAGGUUGGUAUCUAAAUGUGGCCCGCA